AUGGUUACACAAUCCAGAAAUUGUUGGCCAGAUCCAGAGUUUGAAAUAAAAAGUGAUUCAGAGGAUGUAUAUAGAAGUGAGCUGAAAUCCAAGAUAAGUAAAGAAAGUAGUCUGUUUCAGUCUGAGAAAGAAACAAGAAAAAGGUCUAAUAAUUUGCAACGCCAGUUAGGACUGUUUAUUGACAAAAAUGGUGUGCUACGAUGCAGUGGGAGACUGCAAAACGCUAACCUUGAUGCAGAUACAGUUACUCCAAUCCUGCUUCCUAAAUACAACAGAUUUACAUCUCUAGUCAUAGACAGAGCUCAUAAGCAACUCCUUCAUAGUGGGACAUCACAAACUUUGAGUUACAUAAGGUAUAAGUAUUGGAUACCAAAAGGGCGCUCAGCAGUGAAAUCAGUUAUUUCUAAGUGCUCAAUUUGUCGAAAAGUGGAAGGAGGACCAUACAGAAUGCCUGUGAUGCCACCUUUGCCGAAAUCACGUGUUACAAUAUCUACCCCAUUUUCGAAAAUGGGUAUAGAUUAUUUAGGUCCGCUCUACAUCAAAUCACAAGGCAAUACUUGUAAAGUAUGGGUUUGUUUGUUCACUUGCCUUGUUACAAGAGCCAUUCAUUUAGAAAUGGUACAGGAUAUGUCAUCAGAAGAGUUUAUUCUAGCCUUGAAAAGAUUCAUUUCUUUAAGAGGUCAACCAACUGAAAUCAUCAGUGAUAACGCCAUGCAGUUCAAAAGUGCUAGCAAAGCAUUGAACACAGUGUGGAAAAGAGUUCUGAAAAGUACGGAUGUUCAAAACUUUUCCGCCAAUAGUGAUAUCAAGUGGUCUUUUAUAGUUGAAUUAGCCCCCUGGAUGGGAGGCUUUUACGAAAGACUCGUAAGCCUCGUCAAAAGAGCACUUCGAAAAUCUCUUGGGAAGAAAUUAUUAACUCUAAUUCAACUACAGACACUACUUAAAAAAGUGGAAGCAGUUGUAAAUACAAGACCGCUGGUCUACAUCGGUGAAGAGUUUGGCGAAAAUGUUCUAACUCCUGCUCAUUUUCUAUGUUUAAAUCCUAGAAUUGUAACACAAUCCAUUGAACACGACCUCGACGAGAACGACGAAGAUUAUGUUCCACAUGAGAGCACAGAGAAUAAACUUCUUAUGAUUUGGAAGAAAGGUCAAAAGUUGGUAGACUGUUUCUGGAAAACUUGGCGAAACGAUUACUUACUUAAUUUACGUGAGAGAACGCAAACAAAACUGAAAUCCAGCAGAAUACAAUCACAGAGUAUGCCAAGUAAGGGUGAGGUAGUUCUGAUUAAGGACGAUUGUCCAAGAGGUUGUUGGAAGCUUGGAAAAAUUACAGAUUUGUGUAUAAGCAGUGACGGAAAUAUUCGGUCAGCUAAAGUGAAGACUUCCUCCGGUCGUGUUUUAGGACGACCACUGAGUCUCUUAUACCCCCUCGAAGUAAGUAGUGAACAAACUACAGAACCAACAGAGAAGGACAAUUCUGCGGGGGAGAUUCCUCGCAUACCAAGCGACCGGAAAUCUAAAGAGAAUGCUCGAAAAAAGAUCCGUGUCAUUUUUGAAAAUUAG